CACACUCUUCCUAUCUCUGUGCUGUAAUUGGGACGUGGCCCGAGAGAACUUUCUGAACGACAGGUUACAGGUCAGAAUGAAUGAUUUAUAACGUGGCGUCAGGACGAGUAUAAAGAGCCGCAGCGAUGUGGUGUGAGCCCUCAGUUUCACCACACACACACACACACACAUACAACGUGAUCUUCAUCACCAUGACCAGCGUCUGCCUCGUCCUCAUCAGCGCCACCUUGUGUGUGUCAGCAGUGUUGUCAUGCUGUGAUGAGUCGCUCGAGCAGCGUUCUGUACACACCACCAUCAUCAAAACCCAACAGGAGAAAGACCUGAUGGAGGCUCUGCAGGCGGUUCUGGAAAAAUUAAAAAACAAACAAUUACCAAACACCACCAAGAAGUUCGGCCAGCUACCCUCUUGUGAUGCGGGUGAGCAGUGCGCAGCGCGUAAGGGGGCGAGGGUGGGCAAACUGUGCGGCUGCCCCCCCGGGACCACCUGUGACUUCUUCAUUAUGAAAUGCCUCUGAGGAAGAGCAGAAAAGCCCUACACAUAACGUGUACACACCUCUGCUGUUUCACUUACA